UCAUAAUACUAAAUAAAUUUCCUUUUCACUUCCAUUUUGAAUCAAUCAAUCAAUAAAAUUCAAUCGUUGAUGGAGGAGAGUUUCAGAGGUCGAGUAGAAAAGAUCUUCGGUUCACUGGCUCCUUCCGCCUCCACUCCUUGGUCUCUCACCGACGACGAGGUGGAGAGGCGGCGGUGGAAACUCCAAGAGAAAGACACCUCAGCCAGGGACGAAACGCCCUGUUCCUCAUCGUUUUAUGAUUUCUCCAAGAAAGAUGGAAAUGAAUGGGAAAUCAGAUCGUCCAUUGGCAUGGACAACACUCUCGAUAAUGAGGAAGAGGAAGAUGAGUUUGACAAAGUAGCUUCAGGUAGAGAAAAUGCUGAUGAGCGUUUAUAUAUGAAUGAUGUAACCAAUCGAGGCUCUUAUUUGAACAUGCACAAUGUGCUCCCCAACUCAAUAAAUGGGACUAAAGAUCCACGUGCCAAUCACCACUCAGCAAGAAUUAGGCUGAAAGAAGAUGAAGUUGAAGCUCAAAAAAUGAAUUUUCCUCAUCCUGGUUCUGGUACAGCAGUUAAGGAAUCACAUGCUAGAUUAUCUGAAUAUGGUGGUCAACGGAAGUCUAUAUUGAAAAGGAAGAAUAACAUUGCAGAUUCUAAGCCGCAAAAACGUGUCAGGUUUGACCCUGGUUGUAAAAUUGAUGGUGAAAAAGCAUCAGAAGAAUUUGAAUACUCUUCUUUCAGCACCUCUUCAAUGAAUCCUACUGAUUCAGAUGAUGGAUCUCAGCUUGCUCAUAAUGCUUCUAGGAUUCCUGAUUACUUAUUGAAUCCUUCUAAGUAUACACGCUACAGUUUCGAUUCGUUGAGUGAACAUGAUGAGGAAUCCAACACUUGUAUGGAUUUGCUGAAGCUGGUCAAAAGCUCAAAGGCUAAAGAGCUGGCGCCAGAGCUAGAGAAUGCUUCUGGUAAUCUUCCAAAGUCAGUGACUUUUAUCCCAAAGAAGAGGUCUGGUGAAGCUAAAGCUGCAGAGAUUAGUGAUGAGAUCAAAGGAAACAAGGAAGAUUAUGGUGAGCUGUCCCUGCCUCGAGCAGUCUUUCCUGUUGGUAUUGCUGCUGGAGAAUCCCAACACUCUGAAGCUAUUGCAUUGGAUGGGACUGAGCCAGAAACAAAUGCAGCAACAGAGGACAGUUCUUGUUUCAAAAAACCCAGUCGCAAUUAUCGGGUGCAGUCAAGGUCAGAUGAUUCUGACUCUUAAUGCUUUGCGAAAUGUCUGAAAGACUGCUGUAUGAGAAUUUUGAAAUUGAAACUCUUUUUUUUUUUUUUUGCCCUUUUCUUCACUAUGUUUUGUAUUAUGCUUCCAAAUUUUGUUUAAUAGUGUUCCAACAGGGCAAUUGAUUUCCCUAUUUGUUAGAUUUGUGGGUUUAUUGGAAUGAAUAUCAUAUCUAUGCUAA